AUGAACUCAAAUCCUGAUAUCGUUCCAAGUUUCCUAGAACUACUCAGAGUCUUACCUGAGGAAGUUUUUAAUUACAAAAUAGUUGCACGUCCUGAUAGACAUAGAAAAUUUGAAAAUGAACUUGCCUCUACAAUGGAUGUUGCUCUUGGGAUUUUGACUGCAUGUUUAAAUAUUCCAGAAUUAAAAGAACAGGUAAAGUUGAUGGAAGAAAGGAAUAUGAAGCCACUUGAUUUAAAUCUUGCAGCAUUAUCAGCAAGAUGCAGUAAAGACUUGGAGUUGAAUUUGGCUAAGUCAUUAUUGAGUGAGAUGGGCCAAUGUACAACUGCUUAUCCAUAUAAUCAGCUGUUUGGAGCAUUAGUCUUAAAGAAUUAUGAAAGGCAAGAUGCAACUUUACUUAGUUGGAAUUUGAUGUACAUAGUAGAUUAG